AUGACUAAAUUCUCUCCAAUAGCAAAGACUGCCCAAUUGGCAAGAAAUGCCAUCAACAACAAUGCGCUCAAGACUGCGGGGGCUGCUCAAAGUUUAAGAAUGAAUUUCCCAGCCACUAGACAAAACUCCUCUGCCACUGCUGGUGAUACCGUUACUGUUAGAGAUGCUUUGAACCAAGCUAUGGCCGAAGAAUUAGAAGCUGACAAGGAUGUGUUCUUGAUGGGUGAAGAAGUCGCUGUCUAUAACGGUGCCUACAAGAUCUCCAGAGGUUUGUUGGACAGAUUCGGGGACAAGAGAAUCAUCGAUACCCCAAUUACUGAAAUGGGUUUUACUGGGUUGGCUGUUGGUGCCGCUUUGGCCGGCUUGAAGCCAAUUGUCGAAUUCAUGACUUUCAACUUUGCCAUGCAAUCUAUUGACCAUAUCAUCAACUCUGCCGCAAAGACUUACUACAUGUCUGGUGGUACUCAACCAUGUAACAUUACUUUCAGAGGUCCAAAUGGUGCCGCUGCUGGUGUUGCUGCGCAACAUUCACAAGAUUAUUCUACCUGGUAUGGUGCCAUUCCAGGUAUGAAGGUUGUUUCUCCAUACUCUGCUGAAGAUUACAAGGGUUUGAUGAAGGCCGCUAUCAGAGAUCCAAAUCCUGUUGUGGUUCUUGAAAACGAAUUAUUAUAUGGUGAACACUUCAAGGUUAGCGAAGCUUUCCACUCCACUGAUUUUGUUUUGCCUUUCGGUAAAGCCAAGAUUGAAAGAGAAGGUACUGAUGUUACUAUCGUUGCCCACAGUAGAAAUGUUGGUUUCUCUUUGGAAGCCGCCGAAAUUUUGAAGAAGGACUACGAUGUCUCCGCCGAAGUUGUUAACUUGAGAUCUAUCAAGCCUUUGGACGUUGAUACCAUCAUCAGCUCUUUGAAAAAAACUAACCACAUCAUCACUGUUGAAGCUGGUUUCCCAGCCUUCGGUGUUGGUUCUGAAAUCUGUGCUCAAAUUAUGGAAUCUGAAGGUUUCGACUACUUGGAUGCUCCAGUUGAAAGAGUUACUGGUUGUGAAGUCCCAACUCCAUACGCUAAGGAAUUGGAAGACUUUGCUUUCCCUGAUGCCCCAACUAUUGUCAGAGGUGUUAAGAAAGUCUUGAGUUUGUAA